UUCGGAACUUCAACAUACUCAACUUUUAUUUAUUUUACAUCAUUGAUUACCGCUUCUCUGUCCACAGUGUAGUUCCAUCUCGCGGGAGGCGGGACCUUAUUUCUCGAUGGGAAAAUCCAGAAGAAAGACAAACGUUGCAGAAGCUACGGUGCCGCUUCCAGCACCAACGAAGGCGGCGAAAAAUGACAAGAGGCGUGUAGAGGAAGCACCGGAGGACAGGGCAAGCUCCAAAAAGAAGAAAAUUGAAACAGAGCAGGUGGAUCUGAGUAAGAAAAAGGUCAAGAAAAUGAAGAAGUCUUUCACUGAAUCCCCAGGAGAAAAGAAAGAUGAAGGCAGAAGUUCAGAUUUUGAAUAUGGGGUUGCAGAAGCUACGGUCUGGCUUCCACCAACGAAGGCGGCAAAAAAUGAUAAGAGGGGUGUAGAGGAAGCACCGGAGGACCGGGCAAGCUCCAAAAAGCAUACAAUUGAAACAGAGCAAGUGGAUCAAAAUAAGAAAAAGGUCAAGAAACGGAAGAAGACUUUGAGUGAAUCCCUAGGAGAAAAGAAAGAUGAAGGCAAAAGUUCAGAUUUUGAAUAUGGGGUUGCAGAAGCUACGGUCUCGCUUCCACCAACGAAGGAGGCAAAAAAUGACAAGAGGCAUGUCGAGGAAGCACCGGAGGACCAGGCAAGCUCCAAAAAGCAUACAAUUGAAACAGAGCAAGUGGAUCAAAAUAAGAAAAAGGUCAAGAAACUGAAGAAGACUUUAAAUGAAUCCCUAGGAGAAAAGAAAGAUGAAGGCAAAAGUUCAGAUUUUGAAUAUGGGGUUGCAGAAGCUUCGGUCUCGCUUCCACCAACGAAGGCGGCAAAAAAUGACAAGAGGCAUGUAGAGGAAGCAUUGGAGGACCGGGCAAGCUCCAAAAAGCAUAAAAUUGAAACAGAGCGAGUGGAUCAAAAUAAGAAAAAGGUCAAGAAACUGAAGAAGACUUUAAAUGAGUCACCAGAAGAAAAAAAAGAUGAAGGCAGAAGUUCAGAUUUUGAAUAUGGGGUAAAUAUUACUUGAUUCUAUUACAGAACA